GUUUAAUCACAAGUUCUAGCUAUACAUGAUCCUGGACCAGCUGUCUCCAUCCAACAAGAAGCUUCACUUGUAGUUUUUGCUUCUUUACAUGCUGCUUAUGUAAAAUUAGUUGUAUAUAAUGUACAAUUAGCUUAUUUAUUAACACAACUAGUUCCAUUAGAGGUACAUGUGCUUAAAUGAUUUUAACAUUCAGUUGCUGUAGUCUUUGAAACUUAUGAACAUGUUCUUACUUCACAUGAACCUGU